AUUUUUUGCCUUGAGAUGGCGGUGAGAAGGGCGGAGGAGAUGGGCGGGUACGGUCAUUCAGAUUUUGAAACGGAGGAAGUCCAUGUCCUCGCCGUCGAUGAUAGCCUCGUUGAUCGGAAAGUAAUUGAAAGGUUGCUAAAAAAUACUUCUUGUAAAGUGACGGCAGUGGAUAGCGGACGAAGAGCUCUGCAAUUCCUGGGUUUGGAUGAUGAUAAAGAAGCUAAUGGGUUUAAUGGUUUGAAGGUUGGUCUGAUUAUCACAGACUAUAGCAUGCCUAGAAUGACCGGCUACGAAUUGCUCAGUAAAGUUAUGGAAUCCUCUGUUUUCAGAGAAAUCCCGGUUGUAAUCAUGUCAUCUGAGAACAUUAUUACUCGAAUUGACAGAUGUUUAGAGGAAGGGGCCGAGGAUUUCAUAGUGAAACCGGUGAAAUUAUCAGAUGUGAAACGUAUAAUCGAUUACAUGACGGCAGAUUUCGUGGGGGGAGGAAGAAGAGUAAUCAACAAGAGAAAGCUAAGAGACGACAGCGGUGAUCGAUCUUCAUUGUCUCCACCUUACACUAUCAUCAGCAUCUUCAUCGUCAACACUGGAUUCUCCCACCAGACGUCUCAAAAUGGCAAGCUUUGAAGAGCACAAUUUUUACUAAUAUAAAUUUA